GGGCAGGCAGGUGAGGGAAGGCUGGGGUGUGGUGGUGGUUUCAUCUGGUCCUGGUUCUCGUCUCUCUUCGUCCCAUGGGUUCACUCUUUCUCCCCUUUCUGCCUCCUCUGCUGGGCUAGCGGAGUCUCUUAAGACGCUCGGGCUUUCGUUCUUAAGCUAGCUUUUCUCGCCGCUGGUAGCUCUGAUCAGUUCAUAGUUCUCUCAUUACGAGUUUAAAUCAUUUUCUGUCCUCGACGCGAGGAAAAUAAAUAGAAAACGUCCUACAAGUGCUGUGGUGUCAUGAUUGGACCAGUGACUCAUUAGUGGGUCAGACUGAGCAGGAUUGAGGCUCUGUUCUGCCAGCUGUGGCUCAGGCGAGUGUCAUGCGUUGGCUUUUUCAUCCCACUCUCCACCCGCACCUCAGGGCAUAGGACCCUGAAGCCCCUGGUGUGGAGUCUGGGUUUGCUUCUGCUCAGUCAUCAGCUGAAAAGCAGCGUUUGUGUGUGUGUGUGUGUGUGUGUGUUGUGGAGGCGAUAUUUUGCCCCAAAUCCAAUUAGUAAUUUGCUUUUGGGGAACAGGUAAAUUUGAAGAUUAUUAAUCCUUUUUAUUCAGAAUCUUCUCUAUGAGACAAGGUACUGUUUGUGCCUUCUCAAAUAUGUCUCUUUGGUAGUAAAAAGGUGACUUGAAAGGAGGUUAGCUUUCACUUGCCAAGUUGAAGUUUUGUAGUCAGUCUUUCAUUAUCUGUGACAGCAGGCACAAGUCUGCUUACAAAAAAGUUUAUUUAAAAGAAAAGAUUUACACUUUAGUUUUGUAUUUUUUGUAUAAUUGGCUUGUAGAAAAUACAGUUAACUGCAUGCUACAUUGACCUUUGAGUUUUUUUUAUUGCAAAAUGACAAUACAAAUAAGUACUUUUAAAACAUCCUGAGAAAUAAUUUCUGUUCUUAAGUGGUCCUUCUAAGUCCCAAGGUUAAGAGGAAAGCAAUUGAAGACAGUAGUUUUGGUUCUCUGGGGUUUACACGUUUAUGUGGUUUGAAAAUGCUAUAUUGAGAUUUCCACUUGUAUUUUAUGAAAUGUCAUAAAAUAGGAAAUUAGUAAAAGAGAAAAACCUGAAGAUUUUUGUCUAUAUUCUCAAGAGAAAGAAAUCUUGGAUUAUUCAGGGAUGGAUGCCAUUGUUUUGCAAGCUGUUGCCUGGAACAGGUGGAUUCUCUACAGUUUUCCUAGUGCGGACUCAUGGUGGCGUCCGAUGUGCAUUGAAACGAAUGUAUGUCAAUAACAUGUCAGACCUCAACAUUUGUAAAAGAGAAAUUACAAUUAUGAAAGAGCUGUCUGGUCAUAAAAAUAUUGUGGGUUAUUUGGACUGUGCUGUUAAUUCAGUUAGUGAUAAUGUAUGGGAAGUGCUGAUCUUGAUGGAAUAUUGCCGAGCUGGUCAGGUAGUGAAUCAGAUGAACAAGAAGCUGCAGACAGGUUUUACGGAACCAGAAGUGUGGCAGAUAUUCUGUGAUACCUGUGAAGCUGUUGCAAGGUUGCAUCAGUGUAAGACUCCGAUAAUUCACCGGGAUCUGAAGGUAGAAAAUAUUUUAUUGAAUGAUAGUGGAAACUAUGUACUUUGUGACUUCGGCAGUGCCACUAACAAAUUUCUUAAUCCUCAAAAAGAUGGAGUGAAUGUAGUAGAAGAAGAAAUUAAAAAGUAUACAACUCUGUCAUACAGAGCCCCUGAAAUGAUCAACCUUUAUGGAGGGAAACCUAUCACCACCAAGGCUGAUAUCUGGGCACUGGGGUGUUUACUGUAUAAACUUUGUUUCUUCACUCUUCCUUUUGGUGAGAGUCAGGUUGCUAUCUGUGAUGGCACCUUCACCAUCCCAGACAAUUCUCGCUACUCUCAUAACAUACAUUGCUUAAUAAGGUUCAUGCUUGAACCAGAUCCAGAGCGUAGACCUGAUAUAUUUCAAGUGUCCUAUUUUGCAUUUAAAUUUGCCAAAAAGGAUUGUCCGGUCUCCAACAUCAAUCAUUCAUCUAUUCCUUCAGUUCUUCCUGAACCGAUGACUGCUAGUGAAGCAGCUGCUAGGAAAAGCCAAAUAAAAGCCAGAAUAACAGAUACCAUUGGACCAACAGAAACCUCAAUUGCACCAAGACAAAGACCAAAGGCCAACUCUACUACUGCUACUCCCAGUGUACUGACCAUUCAGAGCUCAACAACCCCUGUUAAAGUUCCUGCUCCUGGUGAAUCUGGUAACCACAGAACAAAAGGAGCCCUGAGACCUGGACAUGGCCCAGAAAUUUUACUGGGUCAGGACCCCCCUCAGCAGCCUCCACAACAGCAUAGAGUACUUCAGCAGCUACAACAGGGAGAUUGGAGAUUGCAGCAACUUCAUUUACAGCCUCGUCAUUCUCACCAGCAGCAACAGCAGCAGCAGCAGCUACUUCAGGAUGCUUAUAUGCAGCAGUAUCAGCUGGCAGCGCAGCAGCAGCAGCAGGUACUUCAGCAGCAGCUUUUAACGCAUUCGCUGUAUCAGCAGCGACCUGCUGUCUCACAGUACCCUGCAAUGAUGCAGCAGUAUCAGCAGGCUUUCUUGCAGCAGCAGAUGCUAGCUCAACAUCAGCAGUCAGAACCACAAGCAUCACCAGAGUAUCUUACCUCCCCUCAAGAGUUCUCACCAGCCUUAGUAUCCUACACUUCAUCACUUCCAGCUCAGGUUGGAACCAUUAUCGACUCCUCUUACAGUGCCAAUAGGUCAGUUGCUGAUAAAGAGGCAGUUACAAAAUUUGCAAAUCAGAAGAACAUCAGUAACCCACCUGAUAUGUCAGGUUGGAAUCCUUUUGGAGAGGAUAAUUUCUCCAAGUUAACAGAAGAGGAACUCUUGGACAGAGAAUUUGACCUUCUGAGAUCAAACAGGCUCGAGGAGAGAGCAUCCUCAGAUAAGAAUGUAGACCCACUUUCUGCUCCACAUAAUCAUCCUCCAGAAGACCCUUUUGGUUCUGUUCCUUUCAUUUCUCAUUCAGGUUCUCCUGAAAAGAAAGGUGAACAUUCAUCUAGGAAUCAAGAAAAUGGCACUGCAGACUCUAUCAAGAAUGGAAAAUUAAGUCCAGUAUCUAAAGAUAACCGGACUGAAAAGAAGACUUCAGAGAAUUCAUCAGUACAAGGUCAAGUGCAGAAGGGGAUUGAUGAAUCUGAAAGUGAUUUUGAAUCAGAUCCCCCUUCUCCUAAGAGCAGUGAAGAAGAAGAAGAGCAAGAGGAUGACGAAGUUCUUCAGGGAGAACAGGGAGAUUUUAAUGAUGAUGAUACUGAACCUGAAAAUUUGGGUCAUAGGCCUCUCCUCAUGGAUUCUGAAGAUGAGGAAGAGGAAGAAAAACAUAGUUCUGAUUCUGAUUACGAGCAGGCUAAAGCAAAGUACAGUGACAUGAGCCCCAUCUACAGAGACAAAUCUGGCAGUGGACAAAUCCAAGAUCCCAAUAUAACACUCCUCUCCCCAACCCAAUUACCUUCUGAUGGUAGGGUGGAGUCUGCCAAACAGGAAUUUGAUGUAUUUGGCGCUGUCCCUUUCUUUGCUGUGCGUGCUCAACAGCCCCAGCAAGGAGAGAAUGAAAAGCACUUCUCUCAACACACCCAUUUUCCUCCUGUGGGACUAGAGCAAGAAGAAUUUGAUGUAUUCACAAAGGCACCCUUCAGCAAGAAGGUGAAUGUACAGGACAGCCAUGUGGUGGGGUCUGAAGCACAUACUCGCCCUGGUUGUCCCAAAAGUGUCGAUAUAUUUGGCUCCACUCCAUUUCAGCCCUUUCCUACACCAGUAAGUAAAAGCGAAAGCAAUGAGGACAUUUUUGGACUUGUGCCCUUUGAGGAAAUAACUGGAAGUCAGCAGCAAAAAGUUAAACAGCGCAGCUUACAGAAACUGUCCUCUCGCCAAAGGCGCACAAAGCAGGACAUGUCCAAAAGCAAUGGCAAACGGCAUCACGGCACACCAACCAGCACAAAGAAGACUUUGAAGCCUACCUUCCGCACCCCAGAGAGAGCUCGCAGACACAAAAAAGUGGGCCGCCGAGACUCUCAAAGCAGCAAUGAAUUUUUAACAAUCUCAGACUCCAAGGAGAACAUUAGUGUUGCACUGACGGACGGGAAGGACAGAGGGACUAUCCUGCAACCUGAGGAGAGCCUGUUGGACCCCUUUGGUGCCAAGCCCUUCCAUCCUCCAGACCUGACACGACACCCUUCACAUACGGGUCUGAGCGACAUCCGUGCUGACCAUAAUACCGUACUGCCUGGGCGGCCAAGGCAGAAUUCACUACACGGGUCAUUCCAUAGUGCAGAGGCGUUGAAAAUAGAUGAUUUCGGUGCCGUGCCCUUUACAGAACUUGUGGUGCAAAGCAUCACUUCACAUCAGUCCCAACAGUCCCAAUCAGUCGAAUUAGACCCAUUUGGUGCUGCUCCAUUUCCUUCUAAACAGUAGAUACUUCUGAUGGAUUCUUGGCAUUAACUCCUGUUUCAAAAAAGUAUGAAUAGUUCAUUUUAUGAAUCUGAGAGAAAAUUAUUUGUAUAGCUCUUUAUAGCUUUCAUUCUUAUAGGUCAAUCAGAAUAGGUAAGUGAUUUUUUUAAAAAAAAAAAUAAAACCAAAUAGAAAAAGGAAAUAUUUCCACAGGGUAGUAACUUGAUGCCUCUUAAAAAGCCUUCUUCCAAGCAGGAGAAAAGGGAGCUACCUUGCAAGCUCUAAUCAAGGGUUUCAGCUACUGACAGGACAGCACAGAAGCACACGUGUAAUGCUUCAGUGAAAGCACGUGGAACCUUGCCAGUUACAUGUAGCCACAUCAGAAGGGAUUGCAAAGCUGUACUGCUAUUUUUGAUAACAGAAUGUCAUUUUUGUGUGCAUAUCCCAGGCUCAUUCCAGAAUCCAGCAUUUAAAACUAAGGUUAUUUUGUACAUACACAGGUUGGGUUUGUGAAUUUUUUAAAAGUCGCUUCUAAUUUCCACCCAGGAAAAAACAAUCUAGUUCUCAUCUGGGGAGUUCAGAGAUUUUAGUCCUUACACCUUUCUCUACCAAGCAGAGCCAGAAGUAACUGACUGUUGUGCCUAAAACUGUUUCAUUAAAAAAAAAAAAAAAAAAUUAAAAA